CCUACAGAGAAAGCAAAUAUAAAAAGUUCUCAAAACUCAAAAACACAAAAACAGAUUUCACAGUUUAUUACCAAUGAGAAAAUCACUCUUUGGCAAAUCUUUCUAUGCAGGCUCUCAUGAUUCCUCUCUUUCUCGUUCUCCUCCUUCCUCUUCAUGUCUCUGCCUCAGAUUCUGUCUAUGAAACAUUCGUCCAAUGCCUAUCAAACCAAACCAACCAACCAGAACAAGUUUCCAAUAUAGUAUACUCUCAGACCAACCCUUCCUACACAACCGUACUUCGAGCCUACAUUAGAAACUCCCGGUUCAACACUUCAACCACUCCAAAACCCACAAUCAUUGUGACCCCAACACAAGAAUCCCAUGUUCAAGCCACAGUGAUUUGUACCAAAAACAUUGGGAUUCAACUCAAAAUCCGAAGUGGCGGCCAUGACUAUGAGGGUAUCUCUUACAUCUCAGAUGUCCCAUUUAUAAUCCUAGACAUGUUCAAUCUUCGAUCCAUCACUAUCAAUCUUCAGGAACAAACCGCUUGGAUUGAAUCUGGUGCCACACUUGGAGAACUUUACUACAGAAUUUGGGAGAAGAGCAAAGUUCUCGGCUUCCCUGCUAGUGUUUGUCCCACUGUUGGUAUCGGUGGCCACAUAAGUGGUGGAGGGUACGGCAAUAUGUUGCGUAAACAUGGGUUGUCGGUGGAUCAUGUUCUUGAUGCAAAGCUAGUUGAUGUGAAUGGAAAGAUUCUUGAUAAGGAGUCAAUGGGGGAAGAUUUGUUUUGGGCUAUUAGAGGAGGAGGAGGAGCAAGUUUUGGAGUCAUACUUUCUUACAAAAUUAAGUUGAUUCUGGUACCGGAAACUGUUUCGGUUUUUCGUAUUGAG